AUGGAUAAAAAUUUGGAAAUAAAUAACUUGACUGAAAAGAAUUUUGUGUUCUCUAUUUUUGAAGGAUACGUUGAAAAUCAGCAACAAAACAUUGCUGAUGCCAUUGAUUUGCUUCCUAGACUAGCAACUGGGAUUGAUGUAAAUAUAAAAUUCAGGAGAAUUGCUGAUUUUGAAUUUACUCGGGAAUGUGCAAUAUUUGAUCUACUGGACAUUCCACUCUACCAUGGUUGGAUAGUUGAUGCCCAGGAUGUUGAUACUGCAAAUGCAAUAGGCUCCAAGUCAUAUAAUACGCUUAUGGGGGAGCUUGUUGCCCUUGAGACGCAAAAUAUGGAGACACAACAUAAGAAAAAUUCUGAAGAAGAUUGUGUUGAUUUUGCUGCUGCGACAACUGCAACUCUUGGAGUUCCAUCUCCAUGCCUCUCAAGAGGUAGAUCAUUUGAUGAUGCUCCUAUUUCUCUUCCUGAUCACCACAUAGGAAGAAAAGGAGACAUUGAAGAAGAACAAGAACUGAUGAGAGUCUUGAAAUUGUCAGAGUCAGAAGUGCCUACUUCAUCAGCCGAUGUUCCAUCUGCUAAUAAGCCAAUUUCUUUAAUUGGAACAUUAGAAGAAAAUGUGUUUGAUGGAAGUAAAAUGUCUUGUCCUGAUGAAGUGACAGUUUCUAGCAAUUUUGAGACCUCAAGCAAUCACGACUUUGACCCAAGAGGUUCUGAAACAGUUUGGCAGGAUGCUGUAUGUUUGUCCUCAAAGACAGAGCCGGAGAGAUCUUGUAUCAAAUCAAUUUCAGGAGAAUCUGAAUAUAAUACUGUGGUUAAAGUUGUUGAAGAUUGUGGUAGUAAUACCUUGGUCAAUAUUGGAAGUGGAGCUAAUCAAUCUUCUUCAACGGAUGCUUCUUCUGCCGCUGGAACUAAUGUACAUAAACCUGGAAAAGAUGAAGACAAUCAGACCUUGUCAUCUUCCAUUUAUGAAGUUGAUGAAGUAGAAAAUGAGCGAAAUGGUGAGGAGAGCAUAUUGGAGUCAACAGAUACAACCCAUCAAAACCGAGAACCUAUGUACGAGGGUGAGGUGGUCCUUGCAGAACAAGGAGACAGAAGUUCUAUAGAAGUUUGUGAUGCAAAGAAAGAUCAAAUUACUACUAAAGAAGGGGAACUGAUUCAGAAUUUUUUGAAGAACAGUGCUAGUCAGUUGACUAUAUAUGGCCUGUUUUGCUUGCAAGAGGGAUUAAAAGAACGUGAGCUUUGUGUUUUCUUCCGGAAUAAUCAUUUCAAUACCAUGUUCAAGUUUGAAGGGGAAUUAUAUAUUUUGGCUACAGACCAAGGUUACAUCAAUCAGCCUGAUUUGGUUUGGGAAAAGCUGAAUGAGGUAAAUGGGGACACUGUGUACAUGACUGGUAACUUCAAGGAGUUCAAGGUGGAGAAUCAUGGCAACAACUCAUGGGAUGAACAGAAUGCUAUGGCCAGUACUGCUGACUACCUAGCAAGCAUGGACAAUUCCAUGCAGGCAGAUUCAAGUUUCAAUUCCGAUUUGCAACUGGCAAUUGCCCUCCAGCAACAGGAAUUUGAGCAACAGACAUCACAGCGGCAAAAUAAUUCACAACCACCCUCUGUGGGUGGUGGUAGGUUGGUUACUGGACCUCAGGUUCCAAGGAACAGUGGGAAGUAUGCAUCUCAAUCUCAAUCUCAAUCUCAAUCUUCCAGGCAGCAGGAGACAAAGUCAUCCAAAGACAAGUGUGUUGUGAUGUGAAAAUUUGCUAACCACAGACGACAAGACACUCGUAAAUAUUUUGUUUUGUAAAUACUAUAAAAACAUGUAUUGUCCUUUCAGGUCUAGUCUUCUCUCUGUCUCUCUCUCUCGCCCUUUGUAAGUAAAGUACAUGACACCACAUUUUUGGUCUCGGCAAACAGAAAAAUUUUUUGUCUUUUUCUUUUUCUUUUUUUGGGGGUGGGACCUAAGCAGAACUUCUGUAGAAUCCUAUUGGCAGAUUUACUUUAGAUUGAGAUUUAGUUAGUUUCAUCUGUUACGUAUGUUUUGCUGAA